GAGCUAUUUGGAGUGAUCUCCCCCUAGACACAUGUCCACUAUUUCUCUCGUCGGUCAAGGAUUAUAAAAUGGAAAAUAUUGAGAGUGAUCUACCGCAGGAUCUUCCUGUUAUUGAAGGAGAUACUGCUGACGACAAAAAUGAGGAGGGAGAUAUUAAUGAUGAGCGCCAUCAUGCCAAGCUACUGGAUGCUAUUUCUUCACUUGAUGGCAUCAAGAGGGUCCGACAUACCCUUAGAACUGUACCAGGGAAGCAAGCGUCUGAGACUAUUUACCAGUCUGGAGGAAUAACUGACAAGAAUCCGCUUCUGUCUGAGCUUGCGGGUCAACUUGAUCAGUCAGCUUCACAGGGCAGCCUCAAGAGACAACUCAAAGUCACAACUAAGCACUCUAAAGUUUCCCUUGCGCCUCUCCCAAAACAUGAGAAGGAAAAGAUUCAACGCACUGUUGGCUAUGAAAAGGCUGUGAAAGAAGUUUCAAAAUGGACAUCUGCUGUUAUAGACAACAGAAAGGCUCGACAGUUGAUAUUCCCUCUUCAAAGGCCGAGUGCAAAGCUAGUAAAUGCUCAUGUCAAAUUCAAGCCUGUAACUCCUUUUGAGAAAGAAAUAGCUGAAGCACUGAAACAAAGAAAUCCAGAUCAUGUCAUUCAUAAAGGGAAGGUCUUCACUCCAGCUGAAGAAAAAGAACUAGCAGGAAUGACUCUGGAAGAGGCUAAAGCUCGACGUGCUGAAUUGCUGAGGUAUCGUUCAAUGAUUUACAACAAAGAAAGCAAACUUCGAUGGCAAAAUAAGAUCAAGAGCAAAAGAUAUCGACGUGCUCUGAAGAAGGAGAAGCUGAAGAAAGAGCAGAAGGAGCUUGAAGAACUGCAACGAACUGAUCCUGAAGCAUUUCUAGAGAAGUUUGAGCAGCUCAACAAAGAUAGGAUUCAGGAACGCACAAACCUGAGGCAUAGAGGAGGGAGCAAUUUUGCAAAGCGGCAAAUGAUGUAUGCCAAAUUUGACGAUCAGAGACGACAGGCAGUACAAGAUAUGAUUCAGAAAAGCAAGGAACUAACAAAGAAGCUUCAUGCAGAUGAAGAGUCAGACGGCGAAGACACUGCUGGAAAAUGGGGGGACACCGGACAAGGGGAGACCACAAAUAAUCCAUGGAUGCAGAUGCCUACAACUAAACUGCCUGAAUUUUCUCGACCACAGGCUGUACAGAACAUCAUUACAGACGUCAACAUUGAAAGCGAAGAUGAAGAAGAAACAGAGGAUGAAAUACAGGCAUUAUUUUCAAAUAAAAAAAUGCAAGAAGAGGAUUCAGAAGUAAGUCAGGCAAAAUCCAUGGACAAUUCCCACAAUGGAACAAAGAAUGUGGUUAAAUGUGCAAAAAGUGACAAGAAGAAUAAAAUGGGAGGGAAAGUAAAACAAGUGAAAAAUAAAGAUGCUGCACUUGAAGGAUCUACUGGUGAUGAUGAAGACAAUCUGAUGGAUGUUGGCAAGUCUCUAGACAAGACCAGCAAGAAAAGCAAGCAAAAUGACAAGAAGGAAAAGCUUAAAAAGGCAAAUGAUGAGAGAGUUAGUAAGAAGUUUUUAAAGGAAGUACCAUAUGAAGCGCUUCAACAGGUUGAGGAUGAUGAAAGCCUCAUCGACAUUGGCCUGGAUAGGAAAACGACUUUGGAACAGCUGGAAGGUGAGCCUGGUGACAUGUCAGGCAUUUUUGCCCAUUCUGACAAGCAACCAUCCAGUGAUUCCACUGUGCUUGCUGGCACUGUCAAUGACACAUCUGUCAGGAAAUCAGAUGAAGAAUAUGUGGAUCCCAAUGUGUUGCUGUCAUUAAACAGCAAACCCGUUGGAAAACAAACAGCAGACAUUGUGAUAGAGGGUGAAGAUAACAUCGAUGAUGCUGAGGAUGCUGGACGUAUGACCAUCAUGGAAGCGUUUGAGGAGGAUGACGUUGUUGCAGAGUUUUUGGAAGCUAAAAAGCAGACAGUUGAAGAGGAAAAACCCAAAGAUAUUGAUUUAACUCUUCCUGGGUGGGGAGAAUGGGGCGGUCCAGGUCUGCAACCAUCAAAGAAGAAAAGAGAAAGAUUUACAAUCAAAGCAAAAGAAGAGAAACGGGAGGACAGCAGGCUGGGAAAUGUGAUCAUCUCAAAGAAACAAAACAAUGCAGUCUUAAAACAUCUGGUGCAAAAGGUGCCAUAUCCAUUCAAGAAUGCUGAAGAAUAUGCUGCUUCCUUGAAAACACCUGUUGGAAGAGAAUGGAACACAGAAAACGCCUUCAAAACACUAACAAAGCCUAAAAUAGUGACCAAGCUGGGGACAGUCAUUGACCCUUUGGACAGUUCUGUCCUACUUAAGCCAAUGAAGAGAAAGGCUGAAGGAGACAUAGACUUGCAUGGCAAGAAGAUUUUUAAGAGAAACAAAAACAAAAAACAUAAAAAAUGAACAGAUUACAUGCAAAUAUUGCAUGCAUGUUUGUGUUCACACAGAGGAGUUAUUUGUACACGAAUAAUGGUACACAAAUAAAGAUCCGUGAAUGUUAACGAGACAAAUAUCAAUAAAGGCUUUGUUUUGAUUUUU